CCUUUCCCGGCCUCAGAACAGCCCCAUCCUUCCUCUUUCCCCGCCUUCCAGCCGCGCUCCGCUUUCGGAUUGGCUGAUUGAGCCGAGGCAGUUUUUUUUCCUGGCCAGAAAGUGGUUCGACAACUGGUCCUUCUUUUGGCCCCUCCUGCGAAGCCCGCGGAUUGGACGGCUGAUUCCGGCUACACGCGCCUCCGAGGGAGCGCGGCCGGGCCAAUCAGGAGCUUGGCGUAUUUUACAAACUGGGGAAGUAGCUGUAGCCUGCAGUAGCUGAAAGUCGAGGGAAAAGCUGAGAAGGCUGAGUCGGCUCUGAGGGGCUCUCGAGAAGCCAUCAUGACCACCCUGCAAGCCACGAAGGAUCCCCUCCUCCGGGGUGUAUCUCCUACCCCUAGCAAGAUUCCGGUACUCUCUCAGAGACGCACGCCUUUACCCACUGUUACAUCGCGCGUCUUGGACCAGGAGAACCAAGAUCCAAGGAGAUGGGUGCAGAAACAACCGCUCAAUAUUCAACACCCCCACGUUGAUUCAGCAGGCUCCAGGCCGAAAGCCAAGCACCAAGCAGAGACAUCACGAAGAUUGGUGGGGACCACUCAGCAUCGAAACCCCUUGGAGGAGCUCAGGCCUAGUCCCGGGGGUCAAAAUGUGGGGCCUGGGCCCCCUGCCCAGACAGAGGCUGCAGGGGCCAUAGAGUUUGUGGCUGAUCCUGCAGCCCUGGCCACCAUCCUGUCAGGUGAGGGUGUGAAGAGCUGUCACCUGGGGCGCCAGCCUAGUCUGGCUAAGAGAGUACUGAUUCGAGGAAAUCAGGGAGGCACCACCCAGAGGGGCCAGGGUGUUCGGGCCUCUGCAUAUUUGGCCCCCAGAACGCCCACCCACCGACUGGACCCUGCCAGGGCUUCCUGCUUCUCAAGGCUGGAGGGACCAGGACCUCGAGGCCAGACUUUGUGCCCCCAGAGGCUACAGGCUCUGAUUUCACCUUCAGGAACUUCCUUUCACCCUUCCACUCGUCCCAGUUUCCAGGAGCUAAGAAGGGAGACAGCUGGCAGCAGCCGGACUUCCGUGAGCCAGGCCUCAGGAUUGCUCCUGGAGACCCCAGUCCAGCCUGCUUUCUCUCUCCCUAAAGGAGAACAUGAGGUUGUCACUCGCUCAGAUGAAGGAAGUGUGUCCUCCCUUGGUCUGGCCCAGAGGGUACCAUUAAGAAAAAAACAAGAAAUGACACAUUGCAGGGACAGCCUUGACUACCACCUGAUGCCCUCCCCUGCCCAUGUGGCCCAGCCCUUGCCUGGCCAUACAGUGCCAUGUCCAUCACCCUUUGGACGGGCUCAGCGUGUACCUUCCCCAGGCCCUCCAUCUCUGAACUCAUAUUCAGUGUUGCAGCAUCUCACCCUUCAACCUAAAACCCGGUUCACACCUGUGCCAUCAACCCCCAGAGUUCAGCAGGCCCAGUGGCUGAGUGGUGUCUCCCCUCAGUCCUGCUCUGAAGAUCCUGCCUUGUCCUGGGAGCAGGUUGCAGUCCAGUUAUUUGAACAGGAGAGUUCUAUAAGAUCGCUGGAGGGGUCAGGGAAACCACCUGUGGCCACUCCUUCUGGAUCCUUCUCUAACAGAACCCCCAGCCUCCAGGAGGUGAAGAUGCAGCGCAUUGGGAUCCUGCAGCAGCUGUUGAGACAGGAGGUGGAGGGACUUGUAGGAACCCAAUGUGUCCCCCUUAAUGGAGGCUCCUCUCUGGAUAUGGUUGAACUUCAGCCCCUGCUGACUGAGAUUUCCAGAACUCUGAAUGCCGCAGAGCAUAACUCUGGGACUUCCCACCUUCCUGGACUGUUACAAAACUCAGGGCUGCUAAAGCCCUGCCUUCCAGAGGACUGCAGGGAACCACAGCCCUGCCCUCCAGCAGAGCCUGGGCCCCCAGAGGCCUGCUGUAGGAGUGAGCCUCAGAUACCAGGGCCCUCCCCGCAGGAACAGCUUGAGGUACCAGAGUCCUGCCCUCCAGCAGAGCCCAGGCCCCCAGAGGCCACCUGUAGGAGUGUGCCUGAAACAUCAGAGCCCUCCUCCCAGGAACAGCUUGAAGUACCAGAGCCCUGCCCUCCAGCAGAGCCCAGGCCCCCAGGGUCCUGCUGUAGGAGUGAGCCUGAGAUACCAGAGCCCUCCUCCCAGGAACAGCUUGAAGUACCAGAGCCCUGCCCUCCAGCAGAGCCCAGGCCCCCAGGGUCCUGCUGUAGGAGUGAGCCUGAGAUAGCAGAGCCGGGGCCCCUUCAGCCCAGCACCCAGGAGCAGGCUGGACCCCCAGGGCCCUGCCCUAGGGUACAGCUGGGGGCAUCAGAGCCCUGCAGCCUAGAACAUAGAAGUGCAGAGUCCAGCCUACCACCCUGCUGCAGUCAGUGGGCUCCAGCAACCACCAGCCUGAUCUUCUCUUCCCAACACCCGCUUUGUGCCAGCCCCGCUAUCUGCUCACUCCAGUCUCUGAGGCCUCUAGCAGGCCAGGCAGGCCCCAGCAGCCUGGCCCCUCGAACCCUAGCCCUGAGGCAGCGCCUCAAAGUGUGUUUAACCGCCAUCCACUGCUUCCACGAGGCUCGCCUGGAUGAUGAGUGUGCCUUUUACACCAGCCGAGCCCCUCCCUCAGGCCCCACCCGGGUCUGCACCAACCCUGUGGCUACAUUACUCGAAUGGCAGGAAGCCCUGUGUUUCAUUCCAGUUGGUUCUGCUGCACCCCAGGGCUCUCCAUCAUGAGGCACCCACUCCUGCGCUGCUGUGCAUCUUCCUUUUAGCCCUUAUUUAUUGUCAGUCUGCCCAUGGGACUGGGAGCUGACCAUUUUUGUCCUUAAUAAAGUUUCUCAAGUA